AUGGCGAAGAAAGCGAAGGCCACUCCAGCUGGAGCUUCUUCUCGUGGUGGCCGCGCUAUGGCGAAGAGCGCUUCUUCUGGAGCUCCAACUCCCAAAAAAAUGGGCAAGAAGACGCGUGCGGCCGGUGUCGUCCCGCCGCGCCCCAUGAAGAAACCCGCGGCGGCCAGCGGGGAAAAAGCUGCGAGGAAGAAGGUUAGCCCGAAAAAGAUGGUCAAGAAAGUGGAUCGUGGCGUUGCAAAGAAACCCGCGUCGGCCAUGAAGAAGGUUUCUUCUGACAGAGAGCUUCACUCUAGCAGUGCACCCAGCAACGACGUUGCCGUUGCGUCUUCCGGGUCUGUCGCGACACCCAUGAAGAAGAAGGCAGCUCGUCCCGCCAAAGUUGCCAAGAAGAGAACACCCGCGAUGGCGAAGAAAACCCAGAAAAAGGUGCCAAAGAAGGCCGCUGCUCCUAACAAGAAAGCCCUUGCGAAGAAGGGGAAGAAAACGGGCAAGAAGCACUGA